GAAGGAAGCACACCAGCAUAGAAUCUGCUUUCCGAGUACCCGGAAGCGGAGGGAGAUUCGAAAUGUUCAGUGUUAUGGUUGUGCUCACAGACAAAACUGAUGGUUCACAACAAAUGUUCGUGGUCUCCCCAAAUGGACAAAACAUUGGCUAGCAUUCGUAAACACUUUUGGAGACUGUUGUCCUGAAUGGAUACUGUAAUAAAACGAGGUGAAGGGGAGAGUCAAAAUUUUUCUAAUAGAGGAACUGGACAUGGAGCUGAAGCUGGAAGUGGUGCUUUCAUCCAGCAUCAAAGGGAAGAAGCCAUGGCCGCGCUUCUGCUGGUUAGGAAUGGAGAAGGAGAAUGUCUUCCUUUUAGAUGACAACCGCAUCAACGAGGUCAACCUGGUGACCGGACGUACUAAGAAAAAGAAUCCAAAACUGCAAUCUGUGCUCCCCAGUGUGGUGCUAAUGACCACCUCGCCAAAUGGUAUGUGGUUGGCAGGGGUGCUUACUUCUGGAGAUCUGUUUCUGUGGAGUAAAGACACAGACUUAUUCAAGACAAGCGCUCCAGUGCCAGAUGUGAUUCAUCAGUUGACUGCAGUCAAAGAGAAUGGAGUACCCCUCAUUCUGCAGGUUUCAGGGGAUGGCCAUCGAGUGCUUCUGCUGGCCCUCUCGGGACAGGUGCUUCUGUGGGAGUGUAUGUCUCCCCUGGAGCUCAGCGCGGUUCGUGGGGCCACAGUCAGUGGACGCUGGAGUCAGGUCCACGCCCCGUCUAACGCAGCUUUCCCGUCUGUCGCUGAUAAGGAAGCAAUCUGCCACAGUUUGUUCAUCCAGAGUCAGGUUCUUGGAGAUGUUUGCUUGAUUGCCUUCGUGUUCUGCGUUGGAGAGCAGCUGAGCAUCACCUUCCUGAAGCUUCAGUGGGAUGAAGGAGUGGAUAGAAAGCUCAGUCCUGUGGGAUAUGACGUACUCUGGGUGACAAAGACGUACCCCCUGGGCCAGCUAGCCACUCCCUGUUGCCCUGUGAAGUCCCGGGGAGCACUGGUGUCAUCGCUCUCUCCUGAUGGUCUGCUGCUGGCCAUUAUCAUCAACCAGAAGGACCCCAGGACAACCCAGGCACUCUUUGUGAGCACUCAGAACUUUGUGUCGGUGUCGGCAGGAUUGGGAGGCUGUGGCAGUAAGAACCUCAGCAUCCCCGCCAAGUAUGUCAGGUCAUACUGGGUAGCCAGCGUGUGCUGGUCUCCAGGCGGUCUGUUCCUGGCAUGUGUGCUGAAGCGCGGCUCCCUGCUGAUGCUGAUGCGCCUGGGCGGACUGCUCACUCUCUCCACCACAGGAUGUGACAUCGACUUUGGUCCCGCCCACUUCCUGCCCCUCCACCCUCUUGUCACCUACAGGCCCCCUGCUCCCGUAGGUGCUGACGGCAGCCUGUCCAGCUCCAGCGCCUCUCUCCGGGACGUCUUCAGGCAGCGCUACUCCGUCACCUGGCACCCGCGCCUGCCCUUCCUCAUCCUGUCCGACGGCUACAUGGCCACCCUGCUGCGGGCGCCCGGCCUGCCCGAGCCCAGCGCCCUCAUCAGCAGCCUGCUGCUGGACUCGGCUAGGCAUCUCGAACAGGCGCGUGCACUCCUGCUGCAGACGCAGCCACAAGCCCAGCUGGAGGGCCUGUCCAGCCUGAAGUUCACAGCCAGCUUGCAGGCCUUGAAGGAUAGAGAGACUUCAGUUCCCAGCUUGCCUCUCUAUCUCCAAGACGAUGGAACCACAGACGACCUGCAGGAGGCCUAUGAGAGAGCCCAGGCCGAGGCUGAAGAUGAGUGUACCAUCGACGGUCAGUCCUCCGGACUGCGGCGGGAGGACGCGGGCAGCCUGGAGUUCUCCUCCAUGUUCGACACCCUCCAUGCCCAGCCUGACCUCCUUCAGGGCUCCCAGCGUCCCAGUGCGGCCUCCCUGCCGCUGCGCCUGGAGCUGGACGGGGCCCAGCGGGGCCUCCUCACUGCCUGGGCCCUCGUGGUCUCUCUGGGCGGCCGGGUGGAGCAGAGGCCGCGGCUCUUGAGGUACGCCGUGCGCUGCGCCGCCCGAUUGGCCCUGCUGCUUCGCCUGGGCGACGGCCAGGCCAAUAGAAAGAAGGGCAGGCGCACCUGGGUGUCCAGGGUCCUGCACCUGUUCCGGGCGCUGCUCUCCUUCGUGCCGUGGGACGGGCCGCGCGUGAGCGGAGCGAGCGCAGUGUCCACUCUCGUGGAGCUCAGCCAGAGCUUCGUCCAGCUGCUCCUAUCGCCGGGCCCCGGCCUGCCCCUCUCCUCCCACAGCCUGGCCGCGGCCACGGGGCUCCUGCGAUUGGCUGCCUGCUGCAUGGAUGAUGCGUACAGCCCGCCCCUCAGACCCCUCUCUCAGACCGAGCACCCCUCGGACGAGUACCGCACCCCGAUGCUGCAGGAGCAGGUCACAGCGACUGAUCCAGAGUCAGUCCAGGUCUGCCCUCAGAGACCCUCCGCACGGCUGGGUUGCGUGUGGCAGGGGCUGUACAAGCAAACUCUACAGUACCAGUGUGUGCUACGCUCUCAAACUGACCACCAGGGCAGCGGUAGAGAGCACAAGAAGGUGUCGGCCACCCUGUGCCUGAUUCAGGGAGAGUUGCAGCGAGCUGGGGUCAGCCUGGCAGAGGACCCUGAGCUGCACUGUCUGGCCGGUGAGGAGCUCUUCCUCCAGGGGGCCUAUACACAGAGCACAGAAACGUGGAGAGCAGAACUGUGGGCUGAGCAAGAGAUAGCCACUCUGGCCCCUCGGAGCUGCUACCUGCAGACACGCUAUGGCCUGGCUCUCCUCUACAGUCUCCUGUACCAGUACCGUCUGCGUGAAGCCCAGUCUUUGGGCGACCACAUGGCCCGGCGACUGCUGCAGGAGCCUGGCCACAACAAGGAGCCAGAGGAGGAGUGUGUGUGCGGAAGCUGGCCCCCAGUGCAAGUACACCGUGAGGUGGCUUGUGCCAUAGUCCAGAGCCUGGGCAGAUUCAUGGCAGCGUAUUUCGCCAACCAGACAUUGGCUGUGAGACCCCCGCACUGCGUGGACGUGCUGGACCCUCUGCACUUUGACCAGGGCCCACGUGUGGUGGCUCUGUCCCAGCAGAGCGUAGCCGUGGCUGUACGCUCCCAGCAUCUGUCUGAGCAGUGGACUGUGGGAUAUGCCCUGGAGCUGCUGCUGAUUGGUGGCCUGCUGCCUGAAGCUGUAUGGCUGACGUCACGUUUGGGCGACUGGACCACAGCAGCGGCCCUCAGCCUGGCCUACAGCAACUACUGCACAGAGAACGCCCUGCUGAGCAGGUUGAGGUGGAAGGAGCUCCAUCUGCCUCCUGAGCUGCAGCCCGGCUCCAUCUUUCAGGCCCAGUUGGAGGCUCUACUGGGUCCAGCGGCCACUGAGGCCAGUCAGGGGAGGGACUCGCACAGAACCCCGAGUGUGGAGGAGGGUGAUGAGGAGCAGCUGUUGUUGUGUGUGCAGGAGCUGCUCAAGGCUUCCGUCAUGGCGAGGUUGGAUGUUCUCUCGCGCCCCAUUGGUCAGCUGCUGGCGGUUGCCAAGGAGAUGUCCUCCGAACUAGUGGCUCUGGUGCCUGCAGGCCUGUAUCUCCCGGCCCCGCCUCUCUACUGCCCUCAGCCAGCCCCCUCUGCACAGGAGCGCAGUGGCGAUGUAGGUCUGCAUGCGGAGCGUGCGUGUCGUCUGCGCGUGUCAGCAGUGGUGCGUAAGGCCCUCCUGCUGCUGCGCGCUGCCCGAUGCGCCCUGCCGGCCGCGCAGUGGUAUGUUGCUCGACUGCAGCGCUGCCGGAAGAACUACAGGAAGGUAACCAUGAUUCGGAAGUGUCCUGUGCCAGCGGAGGCCUUGUUGCCAGAAGGCUUGAGGAGAUUUCUCAGUCACUCCGGCUUCUUCAAGCCAGGCGCCGCCGGAGAUGGUCCCAUGGAUCCCGUCAUAGUUCAGACCUUAACAUGCUUCAGGGAGCUGUGUGGGCUUCUCUGGAUGCUUCACGUCCGAGACCAGCUAACUACCUCCUGCAGGAAGUACCAGGCAGCAAGGAAUCAUGGGAGAGAUGCUGAGAAGGGCUCCUAUGCUGACUCUGGCCUGUGUGAGGAUGCGCUGCGUUGGGUCUGUCGGCUGCUGCCCUUCUCCCGCUUCUUGUGUACGGAGGAGCUUCUGCAGGACCUGCUCCUCAGCCUGCUGGCCCAGCUGCCGCCCACUGCCAUGGUUGCUGAAGUGCUAGUGUGGGCAUUCCCUGAGGAAGAACAGUCGGUUCGGGUGGCCCUGAGGGAGAAGUACUCUACCCUACUGCAGACGCUCAGACCUUGCCCAGUUGUACCGUCCACCAACACACAAGGUGGCCAAACAGAUGCCUCGUGGGAGCGUGAGGAAAGCAUGGAGCAGCAACAGCCGCUGAUGUCGGCCUUGCUGAAGAAGAGCCGAAAGCGGCGGGCACGACUGCUGUCCAGCGUGGCGAAGCACAUGGCGCGGGUACAGCUGCACCUGUGGGAGAGGGAGGAGGGGGGCGAUGAGCGAGCGGACUUCCCAUCCGCCGGACCGGACCGCCUCUCCCUGGGGGCCAGCCGCAGCCUGAGCUCGCUGACUGAAACCACGGCGGCCACACUGACCAGCAACACGGACGCCAACACCUCUCAGCCCCUCUCGCCAGACCUGCUGGCUGGAUCACGUCACAGCACGUUAAAGCUGAAGGUGCAGGAUCGGUCUGGGGAGGCGAUUAAGCAGAACCAGGCCUCGUGCCAGGAGACGGACGCGGGCACGCUGCCCGUGGUGGGCAGCUGGGAGUUUGAGCUGGAGGAUGAGGAGUAUGUGCGCUUCCUGGAGCUCUUCCUCAGCUACCUGCUGGACCGCAGCAGCGGCGGCAGCCAGGAGGCGGAGCUGCCUCUGAUUGGCUGCUUCUGGGCGGGGCUGAGGGAGCGUGAGCUGCACUCGCUCGGCUUUGACGUGCUCACCACCCUCAAGCGGCGACAGAGGGACAUGAGGAAGAGCAGCGCGGUGCGGUCACACGCCCGCGGCGACGCCCCCCGGCCGCCGGUCUUCUGGGCAGGCCGCUGCUUCCACGCCCAGCGGACCGAUCCAGAGCCUGAGCGCCCGCCAUCAUCCGCAUCGCGACCCUCCCUCCUCGUCCAACCCUGCCCUCCCUCUCCUGGCCUGUGGUCGGGAAAACAGCAAGCGGGAGUGACCUUAGAUCUCAGCCCUUCCCCCAGCAUGGCCAAAACCUUCCCCUCUACCCCGUCCCUGGAGGUCCAGCAGGAGCUGGACCCGGACCUGGAGGCCCGCUUCCCUGCGCUGGGCCGGCUGCUGGAGUGGAUGUCACGCUGGGCCGAUCGCAGGGUCCUGCUCCGCAGGAUGGAGGAGCAGAGAGGAGCGGGAGGUCCAGCCAUCAGGGCCAAGGCUGCAGUCCUCACCGCCCUACUGCUGCUGGAGCGACGCUAUAGCGCCGCCCUGCUGGCUGCAGACAAGAGCCACAUGAGGAUCCCUGAGGUGGAGUUGACUGUGUCCCCCGUGUUGCAGUUCCCCAGCUGCUCUGGGGAGCAGCAGCGUGAGACGCCGGCGGAGGAGGAGAAGGAGGAGAAGGAGGAACGGGAGAAAGAGCGGCAGAGAGGGGGAGAGAGGGAGAGGGAGAGCAGCGUGGACACGGGCUACCCGGGCUCUGUGGGGACGCCCAUCACCCUGCCUGACGUGGACCUCCAGCAGCCCCAGGCCUCUGAGGCCUGUGAGCUGCUGGAGCUGCAGUCUGAGAGUGAGGCUUCUAACCUGGACUCUGUGACCUCUGACCCUGACAGCAUUGAGGCAGCACCUAAGCCUCCCCCCACACAAGGCAGCAACAUGGCUGACGCCUACCUGUUUGAAGAGCACAACUCAGCAGAGGAGUUGGCCCACCCUUCAGCCCAGGUUCCUUCCCCUAUGUCCACAGCACAGAGUGGACCCCUGGGCCAGGGUCUAACACUGGCAGACUUGGAGGGCACAGAGAGUUCAGGAAGUCCAACUGCUGUCUCUGACACUGAAGAGGAUCGUCUUUCAGACCACGGACCUCCUGAGGCUGACAGCAAAACAGAGGACAUACCCAUCGGAGAGGCUGCAGGACCAGUCCCACCGCGGCAGGCCGAGCUGCCCCUUACUGAGGCCCAUCCAGCGCCAGGACCUCUAGGGAACAGGCAGCCUCCUGCGGGCACACACUCACAAAUGCCCGACACACACGCAGCUCCGGACACCACUAACACUAAUCCUGUCACCCAGCUGGUGCAGGACGAGCUCUUCCGCCUGGUGCAGUUACAGCAGAUCAACUUCAUGAGUCUCAUGCAAGUUGUUGGGGCUUCCUUUGCUAACUUGCCCUCCCAGGCCAGACUCCCCCUGCCCCAGUCUGUUCCCUUGCCCCAGUCCAACCCUCCGUUCACCUUCCCCAGUGCUCCACAGCCCCAUCCCUCCCCUCCCCCCCUCCCAUCCCAACACAGCACAGACCCUUCCAGCCACUCAGCCUCCUCAUGCACCUCUGCCCCAAACCAACGGUCAUCCCACGCAGCCUCCUUAUGCACCUCUGCCUCAAACCAACGGUCAUCCCACUCAGCCUCCUGGAAGCCAGCUUGCUGCUCCUCCAUCCCAUGUCUCCCCAGACCCCCAGGGCCCCUUAUCUGCAGCCCAGCAGCAGAGGGCGCCAGAGAGGCAGCAAGCUUUCCCUGGACCCCCCCUCUGUGCUCCACAGCCGCAGCCACGGCAAGUAUGCAGCCGUUGACCAUCACCUCAGGCCCAGGGAGGAGCAGACCGCCUGAGUCCAUCCCUGCCUCCCAAGGUCUGCUCACCACAGUGGGAGCCUCUGUCACACCCACUCUGCCCCCUGGUGGCAGCACACAGAACACCCCCUCACUGAUUCCCCUGGAGAGGACUCGACCAGAGGGUCUCCGGCUCCUCCAGCUGCCCCCCACACAGCCAGGCCUCUUGCGCCCCCCUCUCCCCAUCCCUGUGAGGGAAGCAUGGGCACCCCAGCUACCAAACGCACACCCACCUCCACCUCUGCAUCCACCUCCUCUUCCACAUCCCUCUGCUCACAGGUGGCCCGAGAGGACCGCUUGGGCUCCGGAGGUCUCCAGGCACGACCAGGGGGCCCCCCGCCUCCUCCCCGUUCCCCAGCAUGCUGCUCCCAGCCGCGGGCUCCCCCUCCUGCACCUCCGGCCCAGCUCCAGUCUCCCUGUCAGCCUCCCUCUGAUCCCCCAGCCAGCCCCAGCCCCAGCCCCAGCCCCUGCAUCCCUCCUCAACCCUGCAGGCAUGGGACCCUUCCCCAGGCUUCAGCUGCUGCAGAGGGGCCCGGAUCCACCCAGCACAGGGCGCCACAGCGAACCCCCUCUGCGCACUCCCCGCCUCAUUCCCCUGGAGGCGCUGAUGAGCUGGGCAGCAGGAGGUGCACAGGGCCCUCAGAUGACUACACCAUUGCUGAAGGCCUCCAUGCCGGCUCCCUCCCACACCCACGUCCACAGCCCCAGCCAGCCCGUCUUAAGCAGCACGCCGUCCGCUCAUAGGCAGAGGAGGAGGAUGGAGAAGGAGAGGACAGUGGAGGUCUCUUUCAGGCCUGAGGACUCCAUCAUUCCACCUGCAGAGCCUGAAAUAGAGGUCCCAGUAUCCGGAGAUGGAUUUGUCUUGCCUCUAGGCUCCUGUGACUCCGUGCUGAGUGGGCAGAGACUACUGCAGGCGUCCAUCGCCACCGCUGCAGAGCUCCACGCCUUCGCCUCCACGCAGAAGAGACCUCCAGAGCUGCAGGACGCAUGCACCAACACAGAGUCAGUUCCCCAGUUACGCCCAGAUAAAUCCACCUCUGCUCAGCGAUCUCCUUCAACCAGUGCAGCUCCACAGCCUGAGCGAGGGCUUGGUGAUGCAGCUCCUUGUCUGCCUCCUGAGCUUUUCCUGGACCUGCGGUUCCCCAAAGAAGAUGGCAGUCCACACAUCAGCGUCCCUGCACAGGAUGCUGAGGGGAGACGCUUCAUCAAUGUGAUCGACCUGGAGGAUGAGGCUCUGCUGCAGGACCUGCCCCAGCGUCAGCCCCCUGUCCCCAUCACCACCACCACCACCACCACCACUACCGCUCCCCCCAGCCCACCCACCUCUGCACAGCUCCACUUGCUGGCCGCCUCGGUGACCAACGCCACCCACACGCCGCUGCUGCUGGCCUCAGAACAGGAGUCCGACGACCUCUUAGGAUAUGCCAGAGGCUGGAAGCCUGAGGAGGACAGGUCCUCGUUCCAGGCCGCUCGUCCAGCCCCCUCUGACCCCUCUGAGCGUCUUCACGCUCCCGCUGCCCGUCAGGAGCCACCUCCUCCAGCUGUGCUGGCCGCAGUGGACGAGUUCAGGGGAGACGCGCUCACGCGGAGCUUGCUGGACAAGCCACUCUGGAGCACCUCCCAGCUGGACCGAAGCCAGGCGUCUCCGUCUCAGGUGUCCGUCCGACAGGUGUCCGCCCGCCUGUCGGAGAUGGACAAGCAGCUGGCCGCUCUGCAGAGCAUCACUGACCAGAUGGACCAGGAGUUCGCCAACACGCGUCUGCUGGUGAGGACCAUUGACAAUCUGAGCCCUGGAUUCUUAACUCAUGGUGAGGAGAAGCCACAUUCUAGUCCACCUGCCGUCACCAAAGCAGUGAAGAGUUUGGUGCGGGGCGCACGGCCCGCCCUGGAGCUGACCGAUGUGCUGGAGGAAGAUGAAGAUAUUCUGUCCUCCAGCCCGGCGGCUAUUAGACUUCCAGCCAUGAGGAGGGGACCGCCCCCACUUUCCUCACAUCCCGUCUCUUCACGAACGUCCAUCCUCCAGCAGCACACAUCUUACCCCGCGUCCAUGGAGCAGAGGAUGUGGGAGACCAGCCAGGAUGUCACAGGAACCAUAGGAGAUCAGUCAGGAAGUUCGCGUCCUCCCGUUAGCAGGCGGACAGAGGAUACACUGGGUCUGAGUGGUCUGUCCGACGUGGCGGACAUCUUAGGAGAGUUGGUGCGAGACGGAGGCCUGUCCCCCACUGCUCUGGGUCUGUCCCACACCCAGGCCGCCAGAUUUAGCAGGGCGGUGCCAAGCCAUGUGCCUCAGCAGCCCCCGCGUGGCCAGCGGUCAGAGGAGGAGCGGCGCGAGCUGCGGGCCUGGAUGAGGAGGAAACAGCGAGAGCGUCUGGUGGAGUACCGGCGGCAGAGGGAGGAGAGGAGAGCACAUGAGCGCAGACCGUUCACCUCCACCGCCCCGCUGAAACCAAAUUCCAGAGAUGUCAGCCUUAACCGAAAGAUCAAGGAGGAAAAGGACAAGAUAGCUCUGCUGGAGCAUCAUACCCAGAGAGCAUCUGAGGCGUACAGCCUGAUGUCAGACCUGCUGACCACCCCACUUCCUGUGCCCACGGUCAAGCCACGCUCCAUGUCCACAAGCCCUGCUUCAGCCAAGAUCAGCAUCAGGAGCAGGAGCCAGUCAGCUGGCAGGACGACUAAGAGCCCUGGGCUGACCCGCUCCUUUUCUUCCCCUGGAAGGACGGUGGUGCUGCCUCGCAGACGUGUGGGAACAUCACCACAUGAAAGCCUCAGCAGCAGACUGGGGCUGCACAGGCCGGCAAGUGCUCUGCCAGGAGAUCGGCUGUCUCAGGUGACACGUCGAGGCAUGCUGACUUACACUAGAGGCAGAUCUGCAGGAUCCUUAAAAGAGACCCAAAGAAGACCACUGAGUCAGUCCCCAACCGGACGUAAGACGGAGAGACCCGGGAGGUCAGAGGAGAGAGGACGCAACCAAAAGAGGGAAGAGGAGGUGGAGGACAGGGAGCUUCUGAGUCCCUGGGAACCACCUCUGGAGAUUCGCAGAAUACUGGGGCUGGAUUUACAAGACAAUGAACAGGGGGCCAGAGGGACUGAGGGUGACCUGGAUGCCCUUGAGACCCUCUCAGAGAGCACAGGGAGCAUUCUGGCCAAAAUUAAUUGGGAGGACAUCGAGAAAUUAGUGGCCGAGGUGGAAGAGGAUGAUGACUAGAUCUGAUGAUAUUUUGAGAAAUAUUUAAUAUAUUUUUGCUAUUUUGUUCUUAUCGAAUGAGUAA